GCUGGCACAGACAGGAGUGUGUGUCCCCUUCCAGACCCUCCGGACGUCUUCCUGGCAUCGCAGGCUGAUUUCGAGGACUUCAGCAGAGACCUGGGACAGCUGGGACAGGAUUUGAUAAGAUUUGAGAAGGAUGUUCAGAAGGUUUGCUCGGGCUCCCCGGAGGAACAACUCCAACCAUUUAAGGACAAGAUGGAGGCGUUUCUUCUCAAUGCACAAAAAGAUCACACUGAAACCUCCAUACAGCUGAUGGAUGUGCAGAAAAGUAUUCAGGACUUGAAGCACUACUUUGGCCUGAAACCAAAGAGCAGAGAGAAGGAUUUCUUCAUGCUCUGGUUCGAGUUUUGUUCCGACUUCAAAGUCCGGUGGAAAAGAGAGAGCAAGAAGAUUUCCAAAGCCAGACUGAACGAGGCUCAGCUGUCAGUGAGGAGGAUCACAGACGACAAGAAGGUGGAGACCAGAAAGAUUAACACAAACAGUCUGAAACAGAGACUGCGCCUGAAAGAAGCCAGCGUGUCUUAAGGAAGCAUUUAAAUAAUAACAUCUGGAUCAUAAGGAUGGUGCAAACAUCUCUGCUGGAUCCGCCUGAGUCAGACGGGAUUCUUGGACUUCUGAAUGUCGUGGAUCAGGGGAGCAUGAUGACAACAUCUGUGCAGGUUUCCCUCUACUGAUCAUCUCAACAAGUGAUUUCACAGAUAAUCAGGACAUUAAAUCAGGGGGAGGAGCUCAUCACUAAAUCCACCUGCUGAGGUGAUCUGCACCGUCUUUGUGGCACAGUGUUGUCCACGCUCAUCUUUGAUGGACACAAGAUGGACAUAUUUAUUUAUCACUUCAGUUAUUCACCAGCACUUUUAAGUGUGAGGAUGUCAAUCAAAAAUAAAGAGCAAUGUCUUGACUUCAGACUUCAUCUUCAUCUUCCAAAUGUGCAUAUUCUUAAUGUUUUGCCAAAAAUAAAAACCACAAAUAAAGUUAGAUUCCAAACUGUUUAUUUCUAAAUACUUUUAUGAUUACUGUACUUUACACAUGGCGCUAAGAAAAAUGGCAUUUAAACAUUUUUGAACAUCCCACAUAGUGGAAACAAAAUAAGUCCUUUCUGAAGCAUCCUGUGGCUUUGGUGUAAAAACAUUCACGAGCCUGGAUUAUUAUUUCUGCACGCAAACAUCUGCAACAUCUGUCAGGACAUGAACACUCAAAUUGACGAUUUAAAACCAAAACCACUGAUGAAAUCUGAUUGAAAUGUUUUGUUUUCACUUAACUGCUGUGAUGUUUCAUAUUUGGAGGAGGUGAUGGCGAUGGUGUGGGUGUGGUCUUGAAGAGAGCUGAUGUCCUUGUAGUGUCUUCUGCUGCAGGAUGCAGAAGUUACUGUUCAAAAUGUUCUGAAUUUAAGACCCCAAACUGAAAAAAAGACAAUUGUUGGACAAACCUAAAACAAGUGCUUCAUUAGUUUAACCCCAUUUAUACCAAGAGCCUCCUUAUGUACCAUCAAACACCUUUU